UAUAUGACAGUAUUUAAGCCGCAGGAGAGGGCCCAACACCACACGACAGCCAGCAUGGGGAAGGUAAUAUUCUACGAGGAAAGGGACUUCCUGGGCCCCAGUGUUGAGUGCACGUCUGAGUGCAGGGACCUGUUGUGCCAACUGAACCACUGCAACUCCAUCAGGGUGGAGUGUGGCGCCUUCAUGAUCUACGAGAGUCUGGAGUUCGCGGGCACCCAGUACUUCCUCAGGAAGGGCGACUACCCCGAUUACCACAGCUGGAUGGGCUGCAAUGACUCCAUCCGCUCAUGUCGCCUCAUUCCCGCACAAGAGUCCGGGGCCUUCACCAUGCGUCUGUACGAGAGGAUAGAGUUCGGGGGUCAGGUCAUGGACCUGGCCGACGACUGUCCCAACGUGGUAGAGCGCUUCCACAAGAACGACAUCUUCUCUUGCAACGUGAAGGGCGGCCAUUGGCUCUUUUACGAGCAUCCCCACUACCGGGGGAAGAUGUACCUGAUACGGCCCGGCGUGUACAACCGCUUCAGCGAGUGGGGCGGCAGGACGGCCAGGGUGGGCUCCAUCAGACGCAUCAUGGACUAUUGACCGUCUCUGCAGUCUGCCGACGCCCGUACCAUAUAAAGAUAUUUUCCGUAACAAAACGAAUGAAAUGGUUAACGAGUCAGAUUCCUGUUAAGUUUCCAAAAACAACUUCAUAUAUAUUUUUUAUUCACCGUACCCUGACCUGUAAACUCUUUCAAUUUGCUUGAAUUAUCUCCUUCAAUAAAUUACCCCAAAGACCGUAAGAACAGAUA